AUGGCUUCUACCACAAACACUGUUUGGGUCGUAACUGGCGGCAACAGAGGCAUUGGCCUUGGUUUCGUCAAAGCCCUCUUGGCUCGUCCCUCCGUCACCGUCAUCGCUACAGUUCGUAACGACCAAGCCCGCGCAUCUCUCGAAGAUGCUACUGCAGAUCUCGCCAAGAGUGACGGCGCGGUCUUGAGCAUUGUCCAGUUGGACUUCACCACCGCGCUCUCCCCUGAACAGAUCCGCAACGCGUUCCACUUUGAUCACGUCGACAUUCUUAUCAACAAUGCUGCCGCCAGCUUCAAAUCCUAUCCUGUACUCGACAUCCCAACCGAUGACCUCCGCUCCGCCUUCGAGAUCAAUACAAUCGGCCCGCUGACUGUCGUCCAGGGACUUUGGCCCUUGUUGCAAAAGUCAUCUUCACCGAAAGUCGUCAACGUCUCAUCCUCUGUUGGCUGCAUUACAUACCACGAAGUUGCCGCUGGCGCAUAUGGGCCCAGCAAGGCUGCCUUGAACUGGCUUACGCGUGCUCUUCAUCAGCAGAAUGAAGGGCUGAUUGCUUUUGCACUUCAUCCUGGAUUCGUUAAUACGGAAAUGGGCGAGUCCGCUGCCACAGAGUGGGGAUUUCCCCAUGCUAUGCUUGAGAGUGUCGAGGAAGCCGUCAAGGGAAGUCUUGGGAUCAUUGACGGUGCUACGCGAGAGACUGUCUCUGGCAAGUUCGUUAGUUACAAGGGACAAGAGCUUCCUUGGUAG